AUGACCUCUCCAGCUUCAGCAGCCGGCAAGCGCAAGCGCACUGCUGCUGCGUCCACCACCGAUCUGCCCUCAGCUGCGCAAGCCGUCGACAGCACAGCCGACCGGUCCCACGACGAGAACGAGAACGAGAUAAAUGUCAAUGCCGGCCCCGAGUCCACUCCCACACCUAAAAGGCAAAAGUCAGACCGCGACGACGACAACAACGAUGAAGAGCGCGCCGGUCGCAGCAAGACGCGCGAGGCGAUGCCUCCGCCGCCGAUUGGCACUCUGACGCAUCCCGUCGGAGGGUACAAGACCAACCAGCCGCCCGUGGGAAGGCCGGUGCGCGUCUAUGCGGAUGGCGUCUUCGACAUGUUCCAUCUAGGCCACAUGCGCCAGCUCGAGCAAGCCAAAAAGGCCUUUCCCAACACGACCCUCGUCGUUGGCGUCACCGGCGAUGAGGAGACGCACAAGCGCAAGGGCCUCACGGUCAUGUCCGCGCGCGAACGCUCCGAGACAGUGCGCCACUGCAAGUGGGUGGACGAGGUCAUUGAAGACUGUCCCUGGAUCGUCACGCCCGAGUUCCUGGAGGAGCACAAGCUCGACUAUGUCGCGCACGACGACUUGCCCUACGGCGCCGCCGAGGGCGACGACAUCUACCAGCCGAUAAAGGAGGCGGGCAUGUUCCUCGUCACGCAGCGCACAGAGGGUGUCAGCACGACUGGUCUCAUCACGAGGAUCGUCCGCGACUACGAGAAGUACCUGGCCCGCCAGUUUAAGCGCGGCACGCCGCGCCAGGAGCUGAAUGUCAGCUGGUUGAAGAAGAACGAGAUGGACCUCAAGCGUCACGUCCAGGAGCUGCGCGAAAACAUCACCAACAACUGGACGAGCACCGGUCAGGAGCUCAGCCGUGAACUGCGGCAAUUCUGGCCAGCUAGCCGCCCCGCCAGUCCUGCGCGCUUUAACAGCAGCGGCUCCGUCAAUGACGCUGCGCGGUCACCCACCGGCACCACGGGCGCCAACUCGAAGGAGUUCCUCACUGGCUACGCCGUCGGCCUGGCAGGUGGGGUUCGAUCAUGGAUGACAAAGAACCGAAGGACAGUCGGCGAUAGUCGCCCUGUCAGUGAUGACGAGUCGGACGACAGCGAUAGCCACGGCAACAGCAAUGUCCAGGUUGUUUCAAUUACUCCAUCUUGCAUGCUGUAG